AUGGAGACUUACACCCUUGAAGCUGGGAAAGAAGCUCAGGCUGGGCUUUCUUCCGCGCCAUUCGAGGAAGAGACCCCUACGAAGCCACGAGGACUCUUGGCCCGAAUCAGAUACUAUGAGGAAUAUUUGGAUAAGAAGUUGGGUAUUGAGUCCCACAGUCUCGACAGGGUGCUCCCUGAAGGCCGCAAUCCUCCCAAUUCGCUAGCGAUGGCUUUUAUGUGGGCGUCUGCGACAAUGAACAUCAGCUGCUUCAGUACCGGAUUCUUGGGAAAGCAAUUCGGCUUAUCUUUGGGGCAGACCAUUCCUAUCAUAAUAUGUUCAACGUUACUGGGUGCCGCUGUGACGGGUUGGUGUGCGACGAUGGGUCCUGAGACCGGUCUCCGUCAGGUCGCCAUUUCGAGGUACUCAUUAGGAUUUUACCCGUCGUCUAUCAUUGCUCUUUUAAACGUCAUUGAACAGCUAGGGUGGGCAUCCGUUAAUUGCAUUACUGGCGGUCUCGCAUUGAGUGCUGUUUCGGACGGUCGUGUCUCGAUCGCCGUAGGAGUAGUCAUUGUCGCAUGCAUCAGUUUUCUUUUCAGCUUUAUCGGACUGAAAGGCGUUCUCAUGUACGAGCAAUAUGCAUGGAUGGUGUUCUUCGUCAUUUUCAUGAUUAUCUACGGCGAGUCAGCACAUCGGGCAAAUCUUGCUGCACCUGCAACGGUAUCGGGUAUGACAAGAUCUGGGAAUGUCCUCAGUCUAAUCAGCGUCGUGUAUGGCUCAAGUGCAUCUUGGAGCUCGAUCGUCUCGGACUUCUACGUGCACUACCCGGUGAAUAUUUCUAAAGUUAAAGUAUUCCUCUACACCACCCUCGGAAUCACGAUCCCAACCUGCAUUGGAAUGCUACUUGGAGCCUGUAUCAGCUCAGCCUUAGAUACAAAUCCAGAAUGGGCUGCUGCCUAUGACAAUGGAAUUGGGGAAAUCUUACAAGAAAUCAUCUAUCCCAACGGAUUCGCCAAAUUUCUAUUGGUUCUUCUAGUCCUUUCCGGAAUUGGUGUCAACUGCAUCGCCAUCUACUCUGGCGCACUCUCAGCUCAGCUCUUCGCCAAGCCGUGCGAAAAGGUCCCCAGGGCGAUCUGGUCUACUCUUGUCUUCGGUUGUAUCCUGGCCCUGGGCAUCGCCGGCCGAGAUCACUUGCUAGACGUACUGGAGAAUUUCCUCUCCUUGCUGGGCUAUUGGAACACCUCAUUUUUCGUCAUAUUGUUCUGCGAACACUACGUUUUCCGGGGCGGCAAUGUAGCAAACUACGACCUUGAUGCCUGGAAUAUGCCGUCGAAGAUGCCUAUUGGGCUCGCGGGCCUCGCUGCCUUUCUGUGCGGCGCUGCGGGAUGGAUCGUAGGCAUGGUUGAGACAUAUUAUGUCGGUGCUAUCGUAAAAUUGAUCGGUGCGGAUGGGGGAGACAUAGCCAAUGAGCUAGCAUUGGUUUUCACGAGUGUUUCGUAUAUACCGUUGAGGAAGUUGGAGUUGAAGUAUAUUGGGCGAUAG